GCAAUCAUUAAUCAUCCUCAGGGAUAAAGGUCCAUCCUGUUUGGUUAAAACUGGACAAGAAGGAGGGAUUAUAAUGAGACCCAAUGUGAAUAGGAGAAAACAAUAAAUCAGCAAACCGUCUAACAAUCUUACUUGGACUCCUGUAAAAGCUCUUCAGUGAUCGAUAACAGCAGCAACCUUCCUAGAACGGUUAAAUUAUCACUGUUUAAAAUAUCCUCUGUGCACCGAGGCAAAGAAGUAGAACAGAAGGACAAUACCUUAAUUGCACUCAAACAUUGAUUCUAGAUGGAUGUUCAUUACAACAUUACAUAUCUUAUACUUGGAGGGCAUGUACAGCUUUCAAAAUAUAGAUAUUUAUAUUUCUCAAUUACUUUCCUGCUCUUCAUUCUAAUUAUCUGCAGUAAUACCGUUGUUUUAUAUGUCAUCUACGUCCAUGAAAGCCUUCACAAACCCAUGUAUAUUUUUGUUGCGGCUUUGCUGAUGAACGCCCUGUUUGGAAGCAUAACCGUCUAUCCCAAACUUCUUGUGGAUCUACUUUCAGCAACCCAAACUAUAUCCCGCCCUGCCUGCCGGUUACAGAGCUUUUUAAUAUACUUGUAUGCUGGUUGCGAAUUCACACUGUUGUCAGCGAUGGCUUUUGAUAGGUAUGUUUCCAUAUGCAGGCCUCUCCAAUACCACUCCCUAGUUAGGACACAAACUGUCAAAUUAAUUUUGGUUUUGGCCUUUUGUUUGCCUAUUUGUAAAAUGGGAAUUGGCAUUAUUCCUUCGGCUAGUUUAAGGCUAUGCAAGUUUGUGUUAACGAGAAUUACCUGUGAUAACUAUUCCCUUGUCAAAGCAGGUUGUGGGGACUCUAGUGUAAUUAAUGCAUAUGGGCUUUUUGUAAUGGUACUUUCUAUAGUGCCACAUCUAAUAUUUAUUGUGUUUUCUUACACGAAAAUAUUAAUAAUUUGUCUGAGGAGCUCCAGGGAUUUCAGGAGAGGAGCUCUUAACACGUGUCUCCCCCACCUUGUUAUAUUUCUUAACUUCACCAUUAUCGUUAUGUUUGAAGUCAUUCAAAAUCGUAUCCCAUCUGGCAUACCGCAUAUUGUUCGUCUUAUAGUAUCUCUACUGUAUGUUGUGAUUCCUCCUCUCUUCAAUCCUCUCAUGUAUGGAUUUAAAAUGCCAGAGAUAUCUCAACGUCUUGUAGCACUAUUCAAGCAGAAAUAACAGCAUUUGACAGACAAUAGGCUGCUAGACAGAGAACACCACUGAAAACAAUUAUGUUGAUUGAUAAGAUGUGCAUAACAUGUUUAUCUGGAAUGUGGACAAUAUAUUUUUGUAUGCUAUUUAUUUUAUUAUUAUUACUAUUAUUAUGUUUGCUAACUCAAAAAACUAAAAAUUCUGGGGUUAUAAUGUGAGUGGAGGUUCAUAGAGAGGGAGGGAGCAGAGAGGGAGUGGCAUUUUUGGAGUUGCUUAUUUUUAAAGUCAAACAUUGAUAUAAUAUUAUUGGCA